UCAGCUGUGGAGGAUUGUUCAGCCGACGGAGAGAGAGAGAGAGGAACAUAAUGCCACCGAAAGUCAAUCCGAGGGAUGUUUCCCCUUUCCUUCGCUCAGUUCGCAAGUUUUUGUUAGGGCGUGAGCAUACAAGUGCCCUGCGUCACCCAGAUGGAAUGGUUUGCCGUAGUCAGCCUCCUCCCAAUCUGCCCCCUGGUGUCAGUCAUAAGUUGUCUGCCAAUUAUUACUACACACGAGAUGGUCGGCGUGAUGUUGUCCCAGCCCAGACUGUGGCAGUGAAUUCCUCCACUGCUCCAACACGCCUUAUUUCUGCUGGUGCAGAAAGUGAAGCUGCAGUUGCUGUAGCUGUAAAGACACCAAAAACCCCAGGCAGUAACUACAACUACGAUAGUGGCUAUAACUAAAACAGCAUUUUUUCAUUGAUGCCAUGGAUGUUGAUGUACAGAUAUAUGAUUGUAAAUUAUGAAUAAAUAGCUUUCUAGGA